GCCCCCCGCACGCUCCUCGGCGCAGAUAGAUCCCGCCCCGCGUGCUGGACGCGGCAAAAUGGUGGUAGCAGAGGAGGCGAGCGAAGCGUUUCCCGUGGCAGGUUUCUGACAGUCAGACUUGUCCACAAGAACUCAACUGGCAAGGCUGCUUUUCUGUGCUAAAACUGGGGAGCUGGUGGGCACCAUGAAGAUCUUCUGCAGUCGGGCCAAUCCGACCACGGGGUCUGUGGAGUGGCUGGAGGAGGACGAACACUAUGAUUACCACCAGGAGAUUGCAAGGUCCUCCUAUGCAGAUAUGCUACAUGACAAAGACAGAAAUAUAAAAUACUACCAAGGUAUCCGGGCUGCCGUGAGCAGGGUGAAGGACAGAGGACAGAAGGCCUUGGUUCUCGACAUUGGCACUGGCACGGGACUCUUGUCAAUGAUGGCGGUCACAGCAGGCGCCGACUUCUGCUAUGCCAUCGAGGUUUUCAAGCCUAUGGCUGAUGCUGCUGUGAAGAUUGUGGAGAAAAAUGGCUUUAGUGAUAAGAUUUUGGUUAUCAACAAGCAUUCCACUGAGGUGACUGUAGGUCCAGAGGGUGACAUGCCGUGCCGUGCCAACAUCCUGGUCACAGAGUUGUUUGACACAGAGCUGAUAGGGGAGGGGGCGCUGCCCUCCUAUGAGCACGCACACAGGCAUCUCGUGGAGGAAAAUUGUGAGGCCGUGCCCCACAGAGCCACCAUCUAUGCACAGCUGGUGGAGUCCAGGAGGAUGUGGUCGUGGAACAAGCUGUUUCCCAUCCACCUGCAGACCAGCCUCGGAGAGCAGGUCAUCGUCCCUCCUGUGGACCUGGAGAACUGCCCUGGCGCACCCUCUGUCUGUGACAUUCAGCUGAACCAGGUGUCACCAGCCGACUUUACAGUCCUCAGCGAUGUGCUGCCCAUGUUCAGCAUAGACUUCAGCAAGCAAGUCAGUAGCUCAGCAGCCUGCCAUAGCAGGCAAUUUGAACCUCUGACAUCUGGCCGAGCUCAGGUGGUUCUCUCGUGGUGGGACAUUGAAAUGGACCCUGAGGGGAAGAUCAGGUGCACUACGGCCCCCUUCUGGGCACACUCAGACCCAGAGGAGAUGCAGUGGCGGGACCACUGGAUGCAGUGUGUGUACUUCCUACCACAAGAGGAGCCUGUGGUGCAGGGCUCAGCGCUCUGCCUGGUAGCCCACCACGAUGACUACUGCGUGUGGUACAGCCUGCAGAGGACCAGCCCUGAAAAGAAUGAGAGAGUCCACCAGAUGCGCCCCGUGUGCGACUGCCAGGCUCACCUGCUCUGGAACCGGCCUCGGUUUGGAGAGAUCAAUGAUCAGGACAGAACUGAUCGAUACAUCCAGGCUCUGAGCACCGUGCUGAAGCCAGACAGCGUGUGCCUGUGUGUCAGCGAUGGCAGCCUGCUCUCCGUGCUGGCCCAUCACCUGGGGGUGGAGCAGGUAUUCACAGUGGAGAGCUCAGCAGCUUCUCACAAACUGUUGAGAAAAAUCUUCAAGGCUAACCACUUGGAAGAUAAAAUUAACAUCAUAGAGAAACGGCCGGAAUUAUUAACAAGUGAGGACCUGAAGAGCAGAAAGGUCUCUCUCCUCCUGGGCGAGCCGUUCUUCACUACCAGCCUGCUGCCGUGGCACAGCCUCUACUUCUGGUACGUGCGGACCGCUGUGGACCAGCACCUGGGGCCAGGCGCCGUGGUGAUGCCCCAGGCAGCCUCGCUGCACGCUGUGGUUGUGGAGUUCAGGGACCUGUGGCGGAUCCGGAGCCCCUGUGGUGACUGCGAAGGCUUCGACGUGCACAUCAUGGACGACAUGAUUAAGCGUGCCCUGGACUUCAGGGAGAGCAGGGAGGCUGAGCCCCACCCACUGUGGGAGUACCCGUGCCGCAGCCUCUCCGAGCCCCGGCAGAUCCUGGCCUUUGACUUCCGGCAGCUGGUGCCCCCACGGCCCCUGUGUGCCGAGGGCACCAUGGAGCUCAGGAGGCCUGGGAGGAGCCACGCAGCAGUGCUGUGGAUGGAGUACCACCUGACACCGGAGUGCACGCUCAGCACUGGCCUCCUGGAGCCUGCAGACCCCGAGGGAGGCUGCUGUUGGAACCCCCACUGCAAGCAGGCUGUCUACUUCUUCAGCCCUGUCCUGGAUCCCAGAGCACCGCUGGGCGGCCCGCAGAUGGUCAGCUAUGUGGUGGAGUUUCACCCCGGCACAGGCGACAUCACCAUGGAGUUCAGGUGUCUGGCCUCAGUGCUGCACCAGCUGGUAGCCUGCCAGGACCUGAGACUGGACACAAGGCAGCUGUUCCAGAGCAGUUACUGAGAUGCAGACCCAGGAAAGUGGCUAUCAGAGGAGCCGCGAGGCAGCCCUGUUCCCUGUACCGCCCUCGGAUUGGAAAGCCCCUCCUGCAGCUCUCAGGUAACAGCAGACACCAAGUGAGAGAACCCAGUGGCCUCUGGCUCACAGCUCAGGAGGUGAGGCUUGUGCCAGGCCAGCCGAGCCGCCUGUAUGAGCAGAGUUCCGGUGUCCUCGGAUUUAGGCAGACUUGGGCAGCUCCUGUCCUGCAGUUGGAGGCAGGAAUUCCAUCCCCUGCCCCCAGGCAUGCCCCUGAGGCCUGGCCCCAGCUUGUCGCUGAAAUAAGUGGAGAACACCAGCCUUGAGCCUCACAGUUUUAUUUUCUCCUCGUUAUCCAUCCUUCCUUUCAGCACCAAUAAGGAAAAAGAACACCUCUCUUUUCAAAAUAUCUUAUCAGGUGUAAAGAUUUUUCUUCUAGGGAAGAACCGUCUGGAUAUAUAUUUGAUAAUGUUACCAAAACCGUAGGUGUGCUUACCAUAGAAAACCCCUAAUGUCCCGUGAAGAUACAAUACAGAAAAAAUACAGAAAUUAAAAAAGUUUUUUUAUAACAGUA